AUGCGGCCACCUCGCGGGGGCAGCUGGUUAUCCAGGGACCCCUUGCCUGGCUGCCUCCGCCAUGUGUCUUUGUCUCAUCUCACUAAGGGACACUAUAAGAGACCCCGCCUGGAUGAGCCAUUGGAGGCUGGUUCUCCGGACUGGGGGGUUCAGCUGGGAGAUUGCACUCUCCCGCCCCCCCAAAGUCCUGCGGGCAGGAAGGUUAGAGGGUCCCUGCUGGUCAGGGCCCUGGCCUGCGGUGACCCCCCUGUGUCCGCAGUCACUAUGAGCUCGGGUGGGGCCGGGGGCCCGGCGGGCUCCGUCCGGGAGUUCACACGCCACGCCGGAGACGUGCUGGUCAACCUGGACCAGCUACGUCACCGCCGCGUCCUGACCGAUGUCACCCUGCUGGUGGGGGGGCGCCCCCUGCUGGCCCACAAGGCUGUGCUCGCCGCCUGCAGUGGCUUCUUCUACUCCAUCUUCCUGGCCCAGGGGGGCAGCGAGGUCACUGUCCUCACCCUGCCCAGCUCCAUCCAGCCCGGGGGCUUCCAGGCCCUGCUGGAUUUCAUGUACACCGCCCGCCUGCCCCUCACCCCGGCCUCUGUCCCCGCCCUGCUCAAUGCCGCCACCUACCUGCAGAUGGAGCACGUGGUGGACGCCUGUCACCGCUUCAUUCAGGCCAGUUACGACCGCGCUAGCUGCUACCCCAAGCCCCUCCCCUCCCCGGCGGACCCCAAAUCCCUGGACACCCCCCAAGGACCCUCAGAUGACAGUGGGAUGGUGCCCGCAGAGGGUCCCCACCCAGAGGGGCCGAGCCCGGGGGCCCCCCUGCGAUCGGCUCCUGCCAGGCCGCCGGCGAAGGGUUCUGGGGGGGCGCCCCCGGGGGGGGAGCGGGGCCCCCCCGACAGUCCGUCGCGCUCCGAGGGGCACCCCGCCUCCCCCUGCGAGUCCAGUGGCUGCGCCCCCGACCCCAAGGCCUGCAACUGGAAGAAAUACAAGUUCAUCGUCCUGAACUCGCUCCGGGGGGAGGGGGCGGGGGGAGGGGGUGGGGCCGGCCCCCAGCCCCCCGGCCCCCCGACCCUGCCCGAGCCCCCGGCCGGCAAAGACCAAGGCGCCAGCCAUGGCGGGGAAGAGGGGUGCGGCCCCGGGACCCAGCGUGACGGCGCCCUCUGCGGGCCGCACCCCGCCUUGUCACAGUGCCCCCAGCGCCGGCAGGUGGGGGCCCCGCUGCACCCACCCUGCCCCCACCUUCCCCAGGGGCGGCCCCGGCCUGCAACAGGUGCUGGGCCGUACGGCUGCGGGGCCUGCGAGCCGGGCCUGGAGGAGGAGGAGGGGGAGGGGGAGGACGGGGGAGCGGAGGGGGGGCAGGCCCCGGCGGCUGCCCCCCACGACAACAAACCGUUCAAGUGUCACGUCUGCCGCUCGGCCUUUCGCUACAAGGGCAACCUGGCUUCCCACCGCGCCGUGCACACCGGUGAGAAGCCAUAUCGCUGCGGAGUCUGUGGGGCCCAGUUCAACCGGCCAGCGAACCUCAAAACCCACUCGCGGAUCCACUCAGGCGAAAAGCCCUACAAGUGUGAGACCUGCGGCUCCAGCUUCGUGCAGGUCGCCCACCUCCGGGCCCACGUGUUGAUCCACACGGGUGAAAAGCCCUACCCUUGCGAGACGUGUGGGACCCGCUUCCGGCACCUACAGACCCUCAAGAGCCACAUCCGGAUCCACACGGGCGAGAAGCCGUAUCACUGCGAGGCCUGCCACCUGCACUUCCGGCACAAAAGCCAGCUGCGGCUUCACCUGCGGCAGAAGCAUGGGGCCGUCACCAACACCAAGAUCCGCUACGCAGUGCUGGCCGGCCCCUCCGGCGCCCGCUGCUGAAGGGGGACCGCGCUUCCUCCCCCUCUCGCCAGAGAGCAGGAGAGAGACACAGCUCCCCCCCCGCCCCGCACCGCUGCUUACUUCGCUCCUGCCAGCAGGGGGGGGCCGUGUCGGGGUAGGGGAAAUUCCCGGCCUGUCAGGAGGGGCCCGCUGGUCGUGACCCCCUUUCAUAGCAUGUGUUGUCCUGCAGUGUCUGGGCUUGGCUCGGGGAGGGGACGCUACGGGACAUGGGGGGCUAUGGACUGCAGGGGGGUGCUCUCUCUGGUCUAUGGAAGACCCAGUUCCAUAUGUGUAGGGGGGAGUGUAUCUGCACCCUGUGUUUUGAAGUGGGUCUGGAAUUCCCUCCCCCCCCCAGCUGGGGAGGGAACCCAGGAGUCCUGGCUCCCAGCCCUCUGCUGUAACCACUAGACCUCACUCCCCACCCAGAGCCGGGGAGAGAACCCCGGAGUCCUGGCUCCCAGCUCCUCCUGCUCCAACCCACCAGACCCCACUCCCCUCUCAAAGCUCGGGAGAGAACCCAGGAGUCCUUGGUUCUUUAAGUAAAUGUGGCACAGGAAGUGAUGUCAGAGCUCUGCAGGCAGAGUGUUGUGAGAGACCACGCCCCCCCCACCCCCACCCCCACCCCCCACUUUUCUUAACUACUGUACUUAAUUUUCAGUUGAUUUAUGUUUCCUUCUGGAAGGCAAUAUCUCAUUUGGUUAAACCAGUUUCAGUCCAGAGUCACUCUGAAUUCUCCCCUACCCUGGACAUCUCUAUGGACAACUGAUGAUGCCGGCUUGAUGUUGGCUUAACUGGAGUCAGCAGCUGCCAGUUUUGCAUAGACUUCACUGAAGUUCUAAUCACGAUCUAAAUCUGGGAGGAGUGACUCUGGAGUGACUCUGAUUUAACCACCCUGGAAGCCUCUCUAGCCAGCUAAUUGUGACUCUGCAGUUUCGGUGACACUAGUGUCAACCCAAAGUCACUCCAGUUAAGUUCUCACUGAGGCUGGACAUCUUUAGGGACAUCGAAUGUCUCUGGUCUGUCCAUGAAGACCUCAAAGACAUUCUAGUCCAGUCUCUAAAUCUCUGUGGAUUGACUCUGAUUUUACUAAAAUCCAGAUUCACCAUUUGUCCACGGAGUCUUUACUGAAGAUCUAGCCUACCCUAGAAGUCUCUAUGGACAACUGGUGACUCCGGAGUUUUGAUUAAACCAGUUUUAAUACAGAGUCACUCCAGUUAAGCUUUCCCCUACCCACGUUGUCUCUGUGGACAACUGAUGCCUCCAGCUUGAAGCUGGUUUAAGAAAGUGUUUUCUUCUUUUCUUUUUCACAAAGGUUCUCUAAAGAAUUAAAUGUAUUCUUUUGCUGACGGUGGCUUUUUCUGACCCGUAUCUAUCUAUAUUUUUAACCCUCCCCCCAAGUUGGGGGGUGUAUUUUUUGUUGCUUUUAAUUUGCUUUGCAAUGUCAGUGCUUGGAGCAAAUGGAAAAGGCGUUUGUAGCUCGGCCACUUGACCUUGUGUUAGUUAGUUGCCCGCUCUAGAAGGCUCUAGAGUCGUACUGGGGCAGGUCCGUUACAAAAGGGUUCUUGACGUGCUGGAGAUCUCUGGAAGCGUGAGGUGUAGCAAAGCAAGAAGUUUGAUCCUAAGGUCUGGGGACCUUCUGGAGUUUAUCUGGUUGGAGUCUGGAACCUAAUGUAUCCUGUGUUCUAGGUAUGUUAUCCAGCAUGUAAAUGUUCCACCUUCUGAGUGUAGAACACCUACAGUUAUCUGGAUAUGGGAUCCAGAACAUCUAAGGUGCCUUGUCUACAGGAUUGAGGGUUCUAGACUGUGUUCUUCUGGAGUCUACAUAUUCCAGCUCCAGAGUCCAGAUCCUCCGAGGUCUCCUCUUUAUGGAAUCCAGGGUUCCAGAAUCUGUAUUUUCUGAAUCUAAAUAUUCCAUCCACCAAGUCUGGAGCCUCCCGGAUCAAAGGUUUCAGGAGCAGAGGUUCUGGAUUGCUAAAAUGUAGAUGAUCCAGGUCCCCCAUAACAUAUGACCUCUGAUUUUUCUUCUGCCUAUGGAUUCCUGAUUUCCAGGCUUCCUCUCAAUAUUAUGUCUCCAGAUACUAGAACCUCUGAGGCCUCAUGUCUACCAGAUCCUGGGUUCUAGGCUCUUUUGAGUCUCUAUCUCCAGAUUUUGGAACCUCUCAGCUCAGGAGCUUCCAGAGCAGGGGUUCUAGAUUAUUCAUCUGUAAUCGUUCCAUAUCCACUUUGCCAGAUGGCCUUUGGGCAUUUCAAGUUCUGGAGACCAAAGCGAGAGCAACGCAGAACGUUUAGUCUCUGGUCCCAGCUAAGGUUCUAGAUUAUCAAUGGAUGAGUCUAGAACACAACUGAUUGAUGGGCUGGAUCAUUAGAUCAGGAAUCCCGCUGGAUUGGGAAUACUGCAGGGUGUAAGAUAUUUGUCAUGGGUGGCUGAGGACCCUACUCCCCCCAAAACAAUUAAAGUCAGAGCAGGUUAGUGGGGCAAGAGAGGGAUCUGGGAUCACAGUGGCUCUAGAAUAAAGCUCAAAACUUCAGCAGCAACUGGUCUUUGCUGCUCCAGAAGAGGUCUGGAACCUCUGGUGCUUCACGGCAUGUGGGGGAAAGGGAGGGAGCUGUGGUUCUGGAAUGAGGAGGGAAGUUUAUCACCUUUCAGUUGCCAGGGGGAAGAGCAGAUGGGAAAGGAGAGUCUAGAAUAGCAUAGUCUAAAACAACCUAGGAAUGGAUAGUGUGGCAUAGAAUGGAUAAGGGAACCUACAGUCAAUGUAUGGUAAAGGCUAGAACAAAUAGUGCAGCCCAGAAUAGAUAGCCCAUUCUAGAAUGGAUAGUGUAGUCUAGAACUGACGACACAGGAAUGCAUGGCGUGGUCUAGAACAGAUCGCCCAAUCUUGAAUCAAUAGCUUAGCAAGGGAUACCACAGCCUAGAACGGAUCACCUUGGAACAAAAAGACGCAUCUAGGAUAGCCCGAUCUAGAACACACAGUCUCUGAACAGUUUGCGCUCCCUAUAACGGACAGCACAACCGAGAAUGGCUACCGUAGUCUAGAAUUCAUGAACAAGGAAUGGAUAACACCAUCCAGGACAGCACAGUCUAGUACGGCUAACCUAGGAAUGGAUAGCCCAGUCUAGAUCGGUAGCCCAAUCUAGAACCCAUCGCUUAGGAAGGGAUACCACAGCCUGGACCCAUCUAGCACCAUCUAGAAUGGCUAGCCUAGGAAGGCGGGCACAGUCUAGAAUGGCUAAUCCAGUCUAGAAUCGGCCGGGUGGUCUAGGAUGGCUAGCCUAGGAGUAGAUAGUGCAGUCUAGACGGGAUAGGUUGGGAUCAGGCGACCAUCCACACAAUGGGGCUCUAGAUGGAAGAGGAACGCACACAUCUCCGUCUCCCAACUCCUACUCCCCACCUAGUAGGGGUCAGUUAUUCUCCCUCUAUCACGCACACGAUGGGACCGGUUCCCAUUACCACACAUAAGGAAGAUAUCCCAUUCCCCACCCCCUGAGCCAG